AUGUCGAAUAAUUAUUGUGAGACAAACGGGCGACCCAUCAAUAGAGCGUAUGUGGGAAUACACGGCUACAUCGCUCUGGUCAUUUGUUUGUUGGGCUGUGCUGCCAACUCCGUCAACAUCGCUGUACUCAGUCGCAAGGAAAUGGCCACUUCUACGAACUCUAUUCUCACCGGUCUCGCUGUCGCUGACUUACUUGUCAUGAUGGAUUAUAUACCAUUUGCUCUUCACAUGUACACAAGGAUAUGCUCAGAACUUAACCAAAACUCAUAUGGGUGGGCAGUUUUUGUAUAUUAUCAUUCUAUAUUUAGCCAAACCUUUCACACAAUAUCGAUUUGGCUGACCAUAACCCUAGCUGUUUGGAGAUUUAUUGCGAUUAAGUUCCCUCAGAAAAAUAGGACAUUAUGUAACAAGAAGAACACUAACAUUGCCAUAGGUAUGGCCUAUGCCGUGUGUCCAAUAUUGUGUCUUCCUAUCUACUUUGCCAUGAAUAUUGUACCUAUUCCACUGGAUUCUCCUGGAAACAGUACAAUAAACGAUACGAGCAUAACAAAUGAGUCACUGACUACGGAACCACAGUAUGCCGUCGUGAUGACCAAUAAGGAGAUGCUGACUGCCAUAUUCUGGAUAUACAGUGUGUUUAUAAAACUUAUACCAUGUGUAGUGUUGUCAAUUUUAAGUGUAUUGUUAAUCCUAAAAAUGAAGUCAAGUGAUCGAAGAAGACAGAAACUUUUAAAGAAAUCUGCAAUUACAACCAACGAGGGUGAGAAGGCUCGACUGAACGACGACGGUACAAAACGAGGCGGAGGGGGUGGGGGCGGCCGUACUGAUCGUACAACGCGAAUGCUGGUCGCUUUGCUCGGCCUAUUCCUCGCUACAGAACUCCCUCAAGCCUUGUUUGGUCUGCUUACAGCCAUCGCUCCUCAUCUCUUCGAAAUAUGUUACUAUGCUUUCGGGCCGAGUCAAUUAGAGCCCUACUCUUCCUUAUCUCGCGCACGCGCCACUCAUUUUGUGUAA